AUCACAAUUUUAUGAAGGCAGAGGGGCUGAAUGAUUUCUACUGACUGAACGGAUGUAACUACGUCCGGUCUGUGGCGUAUGGGGAUCUGAUGCCAAUCUGGCUCGCUUGGAUGGGGCACUAGGGAGACGAGGACUGAAUCGUACGAGUGGCAAGAUGGGAUUACGCCUUCCGUCCCAGCAUGGACGUCGAAUGUUCGCACGUGUGACUAUACUUGGGCUAGUAAUGUACGCUAUGCCUUGCUCCAGGGGUAGAGUAGAAGCUAGGCACAGUAGAGGUAGGGUAAGGUAUAGUGUGAGUAGAAUGAAAGGGUGUAGUGGUGAAGUGGUGAUGAACAGUUAUUCGAGCUCGCUGUUGAAGUUUAAAAUGUUUGUUGAUUAGAUUUACUCAAGUAUUGGAGACGGGGAAAGGGACGGUACGUAUGAUGCAUGAGCGGAUGCCU